AUGGACUAUAAAGAGCAGGCUGCUGAGCUCGAAGCCUCCGCCCAGUUCGGAGAUCUGAUCGAGUUCUUGUAUCCGAUUGGUUACUCGCACUGGGGCGUGUACGACGGAGACGGGUAUGUCAUUCACUUCGCAGUCGCAGAUGAAACCAACCUGAUGAACAGCUUUCGUAACUGCCUGCAGGCCAUGUUCCCGGUUUGCGGAGACCUCCUGCUCGGAGAGACGUGCAUCCGGCGUCAGCUCCUGACGGACGUCAACGUUCCCAAAGGGGCCCGCCUGUCCGUGAACAACACCUGCCACGGCCUGGAACCCUCCGAGCUGCUGGAGAUCAAGAAGCGACGUGACGUUCUGCUGGACAGAGAGCUUCCGUACAAGAUCUUCACGCUGAACUGCGAACACUUCGCUACGUACGUGCGCUACGGGAAAUCCGUGUGUAACCAGAUCCCAAAACGGGCCAAAAACAAAGAAUGUGCGGAGGCGACCAAAGUGUUUGCAGACAUCGUGUGGAAGGAGACAUCGUGA